UUCGGAUUUGAAAGCAAAAAAGCCAAGAGUUGUGAAGACGGGAUCGGGUUCGGUGACAAGUCGCUCGGGGUUGGGUAUAGAAGACGAAUCGAAGAGGGAGAAGGAAGGUGGCCUAUUAUCCCAAUCACAACUUGACUGGGACCUUUUGCGAGACUGA